AUGGCUUCAAUCAACAUGACCAACCCAUUAGAGAAGAAACCUCCCACCAUACUCCGAUGCGCAACCAGCCGGCCCAGAAUCUGGCGGUUACGAAGGAAGAAGAAGCUGCCGACGGUGAGACUGGGAGGAGGACAGUCGCAGAGCCAGUUGCAGGGAGGAGGAUCUGGAUCUCUCAUGGCGGGAAUGAUUCGGAGAAUACGCGUUAGAUGGAUGAAGCUGAAGAAGGCGUGCGCUCUGAAGAAGUUGAAAGAAUAUUAUUUAUGUGUUCUCAAGGAACUGACCGAAAACGAUAAUGGAAGUUUCGAGAAACGUCAGCAGCUGCUUCUUAUGGAGUCUUCGUUUGGAAUCCCUGUUAUGGGCAUUACCUUCAACGCAUAUAAUUAA